GCUCCUAUAGUUCUGAUUCAGAGAGACUGAUGGCGCCUCAGGUUAACCUCCUAACAGGUGCUGCCUUCAGCCUGCCUUCUAUAGGAUCUAUCAACUGGAACAUGGACCCUGCGACAACACAGACACUACCUGGCCUUCGUCCUCCUCACACUCUCCUUAUGUUAAACCAGACCUCAGUAAAUGCAAGUACCUCAACACUAAAUGGCUACGCAAGCCCAUUGACAAAUGACAGUAGUAGAGACGGAAUCAGUAAAGGUGGCAGCGCCAAAGAGAAGCGCUUCCCGUGUUUGUUCUGUGGGAAAGCCUUCAGUUUCCCCAAACAGUUGGAGAUCCACCAGAGGAUGCACACUGGGGUAAAACCGUUUGGCUGCCAACUCUGCUGGGCCAGUUUCUCCCACCCAUCCAACCUGAAGAGGCACCAGAGGAGGAUCCACACAGGGGAGAAACCCUACAGCUGUACCCAGUGUCACAUGCGCUUCGCCCAGUCUGGCAGCCUGAAGAGGCACCAGAGGGUCCACACAGGUGAGAAACCCUACAGCUGCCCCCAGUGUGAGAAGAAGUUCUCCCACCAGCACCAUCUGAAGACACACCUCAAGGUCCACACAGGAGAAAGGCCGUUUGCCUGUACGUACUGCGGGAAGAGAUUCUCAGAGAGGAGCUACCUCAAGAUACACCAGCAGAAAAACCAUUCCACUCUAUAACAUAUAAAGGAACCAUUCCACUCUAUAGCUUCUGAAGUUUAGAUCAAACCCUGCAUUAAAGACAAAGAUACAUUUUCAUUGUUGUCAGCAGAAAAUAUCCACAGAUGCAUUUGGAAUAACGAGAGUAACAGAUUUCAGUGUUGAAUAUUCCUGGGUAGAAUAUUGCAUCCAGACAUUGUGUGAUAUAUAAGCCUAAAAAGUCUGUUACAUAUUGUGUUUGUACUGUGUAGGCUAUAUGAUGUUCACAAAUGCCUAUUUCAUUACUUCCAUUCAACUAUUUUAUUUUUUCCCAUGACACUUUUAAUGAGAUAAUAAAUGCAGUUCAUGCUGAUUUUUAGCU